AUGGAGAUUUAUUUAACUACCAAUCAUGAAAUCAUCGAAGAAAAUGCUUACGAAAGAUGUGUUUGUUGCAAUCGAAUACAAAACAAUCUAACAAAUUUGUCUGUUUGUAACUUUGCUUACCUCAUUGAACGUUUAGUGGACGUUAAGUUAAAAACAAAGAUAUCUAAAGUAUGUGGUGUUUGCCAUUCAAUUUUAAAAAGGAUUUACAAAUUCACAAAACAGCUGGAAGCAAGCUUUGGACUAGAAAUUAUGCAGAACACAUCAAAUACAAAUUGGUGUAAUCUAGAAAAAUCUAAUGUAGUAACACUAGAUACACAACUUCCAGUUAAUCAACACAAUGAAUUGACAGAAGUCAAUAUUAAAGCUGAAGAUAUUCCCAAAAUAAAAAAUGAACUGUUAGACCAGAAUGAAUCAAGUCACAGUGAAGAGAACUAUGAAGAUUUACAAAUAGAACCUUCAGAACCUUUACAUGAUAAAAAGUUGCAAGACACAAGUAAAUGUCAUAAAACAGUAUUACCAGUUACUAAAAAGCCCCGUACACAACUAGAGGCUAAUUAUAAAGGCAAAAUUAAAAUUAUAACAAUUUCAGUAGAUGAAGUUAUGAAAGAGAGAAAAGAAGAACUGCUAAGUAAAAAAUAUUUGAGAUUGCCAUAUAAGUGUGAGGGCUGCAUAGUUUCAUUUCACUAUGAACACGGUCUUCAACAACAUCUAAAUAAGAGUCACUUUCCACACAAAAAUGGAAUUAAAUGCUCAUUAUGUAGUUGCAUAUUUCCAACACAAUUAUCAUAUGAUGGCCAUAGCAGGAGACACUUGAAAAGAUAUGAAUGCAUUCCUUGUGGAAAACGGUCAAUGGCUGUAUAUCCAUUGUUAAAACAUUAUAACGAAGUACAUGAUAUUAUUAAGGAGUCGUAUAAGUGUAAGAGAUGUAAUUUUGUUACGACAAAAUAUUCAGAACACCGUCGACAUAGACGAACUCACGGUCGUAAAGCAUUCUGUAACCUCUGUGAUAAAACAUUCGCGAAUAAUACGUCACUUGCCGUGCAUGUCAGCUCGGUACACAAUACAUCAAACGAAACAUUUCCAUGCGAUGAAUGCGAUAAGGUGUACAAUAAGCGAGCGAGUCUUUUAGCUCAUCAACGUUCUCACAAACCUGGGUUUUUUUACUGUGACGACUGUCAGAGGACGUUCAAGUCGAAGGCAAUCCUUUCUACCCAUUUAAAACGCCACUUGCGGCAUGCCAAGGAUGAUGCAUGGCGAUAUAAAUGUAACGAUUGCGAUGAAAAAUUCAUGGUGAAACGAAAUCUAGAAGACCAUAUUAACUUCAAGCAUUUGAAAAUAAUAAAAUAUGUUUGCGAUGUUUGCUCAAAGGUUUUCAAAACGCACCGUUGUCUUACAAGGCAUGUUAAGAGUGUUCAUGAAAAAAUUCGGCCACCAAAGAAUAAAAUAUGUGAUUAUUGUGGUCGGGGUUUCUCGUCCACAGCAGAGUUAAAAAAUCACAUCACAACACACACUGGAGAACGCCCCCACAAGUGCCCUUAUUGUUCAGCGACGUUUGGCCAAACAGCAUCUCUAUAUACUCAUAAAAAACUUGUACAUAAGAAAAAUCUGUGA